GAGGAGCCAACUGGAACACAAACAAAGUCAGUUUCUGCUUAUUAGUUCUCUUUUCCACACACACACUCUCUCUCUCUCUCUCUUCCUUUCCUUUCACCACUUUCUCUCUCUUCAUUUUCUUAACUCCUAUAGUCUUCUCUUCUUUUCUUUUCUCUUCUCUUCCACGGAUCUUAAAUCUUGAGCUUUUUUGGCAAUAUCUCAUAGCACCAUAAUUCCCAUACACACAUUUUUAGGACAACAAAAAUGGGUUUCUCUCUGUUGUCAAAAGCAUUCAUUUUGUUCUUGUUUCUACUUUCUUCCUCUUGCUUCACUUCAACAGAUGCUUAUGAUCCACUUGACCCAAAUGGGAAUAUCACAAUCAAAUGGGAUAUUAUAACAUGGACACCUGAUGGUUAUGUUGCUGUUGUUACGGUGAACAACUUUCAACAAUAUCGUCACAUCGCCGCACCUGGCUGGUCAUUAGGAUGGACAUGGGCGAAAAAGGAGGUAAUCUGGGGCAUGGUGGGAUCGCAGACCACUGAACAAGGCGAUUGUUCGAAAUUUAAGGGAAAUGUUCCACAUUGUUGUAAAAAGGAUCCAACAGUUGUUGAUUUACUUCCUGGAACACCUUACAAUCAGCAAAUUGCAAAUUGCUGCAAAGGUGGAGUGCUCAGUUCAUGGGCUCAGGAUCCUACCAAUGCAGUCGGGUCAUUUCAAAUCAGCGUUGGUAGAGCUGGUACCACAAAUAAAACGGUUAAAGUCCCUAAAAACUUCACCUUGAAAGCGCCCGGACCGGGUUAUACUUGCGGGCCAGCGAAAGUUGUGAGACCUACUCAAUUUAUUCAACCAGACAAAAGGAGAGUGACCCAAGCGCUAAUGACAUGGAAUGUGACAUGCACAUAUUCACAAUUUCUAGCUCAGAAAACUCCCACAUGCUGUGUCUCUCUUUCAUCUUUCUAUAACGAAACCAUCGUACCCUGCCCAACAUGUGCAUGUGGCUGCCAGAGUAACUCGUCUCAAUCGGGGAGUUGCAUAGAUCGAAAUACGCCACAUUUGGCAUCGGUUGUUGCUGGUUCCGGAAAGAACAAUUUUCAACCUUUGGUUCAAUGUACUAGUCAUAUGUGUCCAAUCCGAAUCCACUGGCAUGUUAAGCUUAACUACAAAGAAUACUGGCGAGUGAAGGUUACGAUUACUAAUUUUAAUUACCGAAUGAAUUAUUCUGAUUGGAACUUGGUUGUUCAGCAUCCGAACUUCGAUAAUCUAACCCAGCUGUUCAGUUUCAACUAUAAGUCAUUAAAUCCUUAUGGUUCAAUAAAUGACACAGCAAUGCUUUGGGGAGUUAAGUUCUAUAAUGAUUUUCUUAAUUAUGCUGGCCCUAGUGGUAAUGUUCAAUCGGAGCUACUCUUCCGAAAAGACAAAUCAACUUUUACUUUUGAUAAGGGUUGGGCUUUCCCUCGAAGAAUCUACUUCAACGGCGACAACUGUGUAAUGCCGCCACCUGAUGCAUAUCCGUGGUUACCUAACACCGGUUCUCGGCAAGAGGUUUCGAUGUUUGCUUUAGUGAUGGCAUCUUUGGUAGUCUUGGUAUUUUACGCACACGUUUAAGGUUCCGACCCGCGGUUAUACUUUAUAAUUGUAAUAGAAAAGUUUCAGUCAGAUCAGUUUUGGCUCAUAUUUGUGAUAUGAAUUCGGGGGUAGAAUUUACUGUAUUGUUGUUUGUGUCUGUUGUGAAGCAAUAAUACAUGUAUCUCCUUAUUGUAAUUGUAACUGUAAUUAUAAUAACAAAUAUAUACAUCAACUUCAUGUGAAAAAUAUAAAUUUGCUGAAUCUUGUGUGAAUUUGAAAUGCUUAA